UGUGCUCGGUUUCGGAUAUGUUCGUUCAGCGCUUGGUUCAUUUUAUUGUCACGUAUUCCUAGACAACACCUAUUACUGUUGUGACACCAAGAGUAAGGAGUCAAAGAGUUCCUCAUGAGAAAAACCUCCAGCAAUAUGGAAGCUUUAAAAAACGUCAGUGAUGUUAUUACAGGACAAGUAUUGCAUCUGAAAAGCACAUUUGUUGUGAUCGGUGGCGGCAUUGCAGGCGUGUCGUGCGCCGAGCAGCUCGCCGUUCAUUCUCCUGAGGCGUCAGUUCUACUCAUAACAGCGUCACCUAUUGUAAAAGCAGCAACGAACGUUGUAAAGCUUCGCAGAAUCAUCGAGAGUUUCGACAUCGAGGAGCGCUCUUUUAACUACCUAGAGCAGCAGUACAGCAACAUCAAAGUGCUUCAAGAUGUGCUCAUCUCCCUGGAGGCCAGUGCACGAGCAACCUUGCUCAAGAGUGGUCGAGUGGUCAGUUAUGGAAUGAUCUGUCUUUGCAUGGGUGCAAGACCUCAGUUAAUUUCCAAAGACAACCCACUGGUAUUGGGCAUUCGGGACACGGAGACUGUGCGGAUGCUGCAGAACCGACUUGGUGGUGCUAGACUUGUAGCUGUCAUUGGUAAUGGUGGCAUUGCCACAGAAUUGGUACAUGAAAUGGGUGGCUGCCAAGUUCUUUGGGUUGUGCGGGAGAAAAGCAUUGGUGCUACUUUCUUUGACCCUGGAGCUGCACAGUUCUUUCUGCCACAGCUGAGUGCCGAGAAGAGUGAAGGCACUGCAAGCUCUGCCAUAGCAGAGCAAGACACUGCAGACUGCGGAGACUCCAAGUGCCCCAGCCACGCAAACCAGGAUUCUUUGCCUCCAGGAAGUGCUUUGGGGCCAGACUGGGCCAAAGGUCGUGUUUUGCAAGGUGGAACUCAGAAGAAUGUGCACAUAGAGUACAGCUGUGAGGUACGUCUGUUGCUGACACCUGCCGAAUUCAAGCAGAAGCAUCUUGCCGAUGCCAGCUGCGACUUCAAGUGCGGCUCCAACUGGCCCAUCUAUGUGCUCUUGACCAAUGACAAGUGCUUUGGCGUUGACCUCAUCGUCAGUGCAACUGGUGUCACACCCAAUGCAGACACCAUCACUGCACCUCAGUUGGAAGUGGCCACAGAUGGAGGCAUCCUGGUGGACCGCCACAUGAGAUCCUCACUAGCAGGCGUGUAUGCAGCUGGCGACGUUUGUACAGCAGGCUGGGAGCCUGCGGAGCUGUGGUUCCAGCGGCGCUUAUGGACACAAGCACGGCAGAUGGGCCACUGGGCAGGCACCUGCAUGGCAGCCCACUGGUCAGUCGAGCCUGAUCCCCUUGCUGAUGCCCGUUUCGACCUUUUCUCUCAUGUGACACGCUUCUUUGGAUACCGGGUGGUCCUUCUGGGUAUCUUCAAUGGCCAAGGCCUAGCCGACUGCCGUGCCCUUGUGCGCGUGAACCCAGGCCAGGAGUACAUCAAGCUGCUUCUCCAUGAUGGGAGGCUCAAGGGAGCAGUGCUGAUUGGCGAUACAGAUCUGGAGGAAACUUGCGAGAACCUUCUGCUUGACCAACUUGACCUGGGUCCUCUUGCUGAUCACCUGCUUGACCCCGAAGUGGACAUUGAAGACUUCUUUGAUUGA